AUGUCUACCACUACAGGAGCGUUCCUCGCAGGCGGUAUCGCAGCCUGCGGUGCAGUCACCGUUACUCACAGUUUCGAAACGGUGAAGAUUCGGUUACAACUGCAGGGUGAAUUGCAGACAAAAAACGAGGCCGUGAAGAAGUACAGGGGUGUGCUGCACGGUGUGAAGGUCAUUCUUCAGAAUGAAGGGCCUCGGGGCUUGUUCCGUGGUAUUGGGUCUGCUUAUGUCUACCAGGUGUUGCUUAACGGCUGCCGUCUGGGCUUCUACGAGCCCAUCCGCUCAAAUCUCACAUCCGCUAUCUAUAACGACCCCAAGAUCCAAUCUCUCGGUGCCAAUGUCUUCGCCGGAGCCGCUUCAGGUGUUAUUGGUGCUGCCGCAGGAUCGCCCUUCUUCCUCGUGAAGACCCGUCUCCAAUCCUACUCGCCCUUCCUCCCCGUCGGUACCCAGCACAACUACAAGAACUCAUUCGAUGGUCUGAGCAAGAUUUAUAAGAGCGAAGGUGUUAAGGGCAUCUAUCGUGGUGUUGGCGCAGCCAUGAUCCGUACUAGCUUCGGUAGUUCCGUCCAGCUACCAACAUACUUCUUUGCCAAGCGCCGCUUGACCCACCAUCUGGGUAUGGAGGAAGGCCCUGCUCUGCACCUGGCCAGUUCUGCGGCUUCCGGUUUCGUUGUGUGCUGCUUCAUGCACCCUCCUGACACUAUCAUGGCUCGUAUGUACAACCAGACUGGUAACUUGUAUGGUGGUGUUUUCGACUGCUUGUUCAAGACGAUCCGCACCGAGGGUGUCCUUGCUAUCUACAAGGGCUUCUUCGCUCACCUGGCCCGCAUCCUGCCCCACACCAUCUUGACUCUCAGUCUCGCGGAGCAGACCAACAAGCUAAUGCGCCGCGUCGAAGACCGGGUGCUACCCGACUCCUACCGUGAGAAGAUCUAA